AUGAUUCGACCUCCAUUCAAGAAACAGCGCCUUAGAAGACGGUCGUCUUCAGGACCUCAGCUGGAUGACAUUUUCACAUCUUCCUCGGCCGCACACAUCUUUGCAGCAGCAUCCACGUCUCAAUCCUCUUUGGCAUCCGCUGUUCUACAACCUACCUCAUACGAGAUAACUUUGAAUGAUGACCAGGAUUUGAAACAGUCACUCAGGGCUACAUCUAAAGAUAGUUUGGUCCGCGCUCCGCGGCUAGUCACAUGGACGAGCAGCUGCGGAAAGCAUUCCAUCAUCACGGAUCGAUACGAUGCUGUACACCUGCUCUCGCAGCUACCCCAGAAACCUCCGAACACCCAUACCGAAACAGACGAGAUUGACAUUGGAUGGUCAGACCUCGAAAGUGAUACAGAAGACCUGUUCUUCAUGACCGACGCUGAAGCGGCUGAUUUUCAACACAACAAAGCUAGGGCUGCAUUGGAGGCUCAACGUCUGACAAGACUGGAGGAACUUGGUCCUUCUUCUCCAUCUCCUUCUACUGCCUCACACACAACUGUCAAAGAUGAUGAAAAAGUAGAGGAACUGAGCAAGGUCCAAUUUGAACUGAUGCAAAAGACGGCUAGAGUUGUGACAUCAUCCAGCAACGCUUCGCUACUCGAGAUGAAGAUUCUUGCUAAUCAUGGCGGUGAUGGAAGGUUUGAUUUUCUGCGCAAGGAGUGGAAUCAGAGAUGGGGUGGGAUCUGGGAGGUACUGAAGGCGAGUAAAGGUGAGAUGGGGUAUGAUGCCGCGCUGCGCAUCCCGAAUGGAAAGACAAAUACGCCUCCUGCCCUUCAGCCAGGCUUGGUCGCAUACGAUGACAGCGAUGGCGAAGCACAAGAAUCGGACCAAGCCGAAACGAACGAGUCGAAUCAAAAGGCCGAACAAACAUCAGUCAAGCGUGCAGAGACAGCCACGCUGAAAAAGCAAAAGCAGACCGAACGUCUGGCGCGUGCCAAGAAGUGGCUCGAAAGCCGAUCCGCCAAACCUGCGUCUCCAUCCCCAACUCGUUCUACUUCCUCGUGA